GGGUCGGCGAGCGGCGGCGGGGGUGCGGGGGUCGUUACGGGGUGCGGGCGGCCCAUGGCCCUUGGCGGCGGCCUGGGCGGCGGCGGCGGCAGUCAAGGAUGACCGACUACAGCGAGGAGCAGCGGAACGAGCUGGAGGCCCUGGAGUCCAUCUACCCGGACUCCUUCACGGUAUUGUCAGAAAAACCAACGACUUUCACGAUCACUGUGACAUCCGAAGCAGGAGAAAAUGGUGAAACUGUCCAAACAACUCUUAAAUUUACUUAUAGAGAACAGUAUCCUGAUGAAGCUCCACUUUAUGAAAUAGUAUCACAGGAGAAUCUCGAUGAUAAUGAUGUCACAGACAUAAUAAAACUGCUAGAACAACAGGCAGAAGAAAAUUUAGGAAUGGUAAUGAUCUUCACUCUAGUCUCAGCAGUACAGGAAAAAUUAAAUGAAAUAGUGGAUCAAAUAAAAACACGGAGAGAAGAGGAAAAGAAACAGAAAGAACGAGAAGCAGAAGAAGAAGAGAAACAACGUUUUCAUGGCACUCCUGUUACAAUUGAGAAUUUCCUAAAUUGGAAAGCAAAGUUUGAUGCAGAACUCCUAGAAAUAAAAAGGAAAAAAAUGAAAGAAGAAGAACAAGCAGGAAAAAAUAAAUUGAGCGGUAAACAGCUGUUUGAAAUGGAUCACAACCUUGACACCUCUGACAUCCAGUUCUUGGAGGAAGCAGGAAACAGCGUGGAAGUUGAUGAAUCUUUAUUCCAAGAAAUGGAUGAUUUAGAGUUGGAGGAUGAGGAGGAUGAUCCUGACUACAACCCUGUUAAUUUAGAUAGUGAUUAGUCUUUUUUGAACUGGCUCUGUAAUCAUUAUGACCACAUUUAAGGAGAAAGGAGCAGGGAGAAAAGCCACAGCAUCUGUGGUUUUAGUAAUGUGUAUGAGUUUUCAUUUUUCUUUUUUUCAAAGAAAAAACCCAACAAAAUAUUUCAAAUCUAGGAGAAUUGUCUUCUGAUGACUUUCAUAAUAAAUAAAUUUACUCUAGUAUUUCAAAUGAAGUAUUUGCGGACUAUUGCUCUGCCUGAAAACGCUAUUCUAUUUUUUCUUAUUUUUUCCCUCCCAUUUCUGUAGCUGUCCUUUGGAGAAAUGUGACAGCCAGCAAGAUGGAACAAUGUUAUAGCAAAUGCUAAGCACACCUGCAUAUGAAAGCUCAGCAGCUUUUCUGCUGUCUUCCACCUAGAGUAUACAUGGGCAGCUUUGAUAAAUAAAAGGGAUCACAUACUAUGCAGUCAUUUUUUUAUUUUUUUCUUAUUCUAUGGAAUUUUAUAACAUUUGAGUAAUGAUCGGUUCUUAUGUCCCAGCUAUCAACUAGUCACCUUUUAGUAAGGUGUAGUUUUAUUAAAGUUAAAUGGAAAUAAUUUCUGUACUACUGGAGCUAAAACUUCUGCUGUGGCUGGGGAUAACAGUUUCAAAAUUACUAAUUCAAGUUGGCUGGAAAAAAUCGGAAUGAGAUUAAGUCCUCUUAAAAAGGUUAGUUGAUUUGUUCAGAGAGGGUUUGUUGUGUUUUGUUUGCUUUUUUGGGUUUUGUUUGUUUGUUUUUUGGCUUUAAAAACCACCCUUGGAAAAUUAGUUUCCUGUUGGUGACAGACUGUCAAAACACUACCAGUGGAGUGCAGAAUGCAGUACCAGGGUUUAUAGCAUCCUUAGAGGUUUGAAUGCAAUGGGUGUUUCAGUAGCAUCCUGUUGGCAGCCCGUAAAGGUUGGCACAAUGCACAGUCAACCUACAGAUCAGCAUCAGUGGAUGUCCCCAUCUGGCAGAUUUGUUUAUGGAGCAAAUGGCUUAAUGUCAGACUCAGUCUCUCACCUGCAAAAUGCCCCAAAUACAGUGAAAACUGUGGUGUUCAAACAUGCUGUGUUUGAAACUUCAUCAGCUAGAAGAUUGACGGUAUGGAUGAAGGUUCCAGAAGACUGCUCACCAAGUAGAGAACCACCUCAAUUAUUCAACACUGUGUACUGAAUUUUAAAAUACUGUUAGUGGACUGCCUUAAAUGCGCCAGCUUCGGUCUUUGAAGAGGAUUGCACUAAAGUAUCACAGUGCUUAGAGGAAUAAUAAAUUUAUGAACUUUAAUAUUUUGAAAUUCCAUAUUCAAAAUGAGAAAUUUUAUUCCAGAAAUAAUUUAAUGGUGUAUAAUCUCUGCUCACUCAGCUUGAGAACAUCUGUUAAAGAUGAUCUACUUUAACGUGCUUGGUAGUCUUUUCUUUUUGUACUCAAGAUGAGUAAGUUUCUAGUAGAUGGAAAUAAAUGUUCAAGUUCUCUGUAAAUAUUUUUAUAAAUUAACCAUGUGCCUUUGUUCCUACUGCCCCCUAUUUGAUCUUUUUAAUUUUGGCUAUAAAGAAUUCUAGACAGGCAUCUAGGUUUCAAUGAUAAUGUUCUAUGUUUCAAAGCAAUAAGCAGGAUCUGUGUUCCAGCAGUUACCAAAUAGAUUAUAAAAUUUUAAGUUAAUGUGAUAUUAAAUCUGACUUUUCCAAAGAUAAGUUGGAUAGAAAGCUUCCUAGUGACUACAUCCAGCUUCCUGUGUAAUUGCUAGUGUGCUUUAAGCCACUGUUCCGCUUUGAAAUUAAUUUUCUUCUGGUAUAUCUCAAGUCAGCUGCAUAAAAAGCAUUUAACUCCUAAGGCUGCUUUCCAUUUUCAGGUAUGUAUGUUUAAAAGUGGUGUUUAUUCAUUCAUAAAAGGGGUGAAUUAGUUCUUUUCACAUCUGGACUGACUCCAGCAAUGGUGUGUAAUCAGUGCAGAAUGUGGUAAUCAGGAACUUUUCCAAGUGGGUCACUAACAAGAAUCUUAUAUGUUUGAAACAAAGUUUCUUGUAAAUUGUAUUUCUAGAUUAAUGAGAUUUUCUAGUCUCUUUUCAUACUAACAUAUUUAUUGGUUUUCAUGCAUCUUUAAAAGCAUAGCUUAAAAAUGGUAGAAUUAUGUCAAACAGGUCAAAAUGUGAAAAUGUUUUCACUGUUACUUGGUUUUCAAAGCAGAGGAACUAAUAAGGGUGGAAGUGACAAAAAAUUGUUUAAAGACCUUUCCUCCAAAUCUCAGUGGCUCAAUUUGAAUGUUGGAAUCAUUAGUUUUGUUAGCAAUUAACAUCUGUGAAAUAAAAGGGAAUUUGAGAAUAAA